AAAAUUCCAACAUGGCGCCCAAGCUCCAAGGUAAACAACGAAAUGAUUCAAUGCAAAUCAUAUAGUUAUUAAGGUGAAAAUGGAAGGAAGAUUGAAGGCAAGAAGCUCUGGGUCUAUCCCAUCAACGCUUGGAAGACAAAUCGGCGUUUUACCUGUCGGCAAUCCGCCGCCUAGAGCAAGAAGACCAAAUCCUAGACAAGUCCUUCCACCACCCCCACAAAGAAAAUUCGCAGAUGUGUCUAGUGGCCCGGUGCAAUACAGUGAAGGUAACUCUGCUACUUUAAAUGACAAUACUGUGUCAGUCGGAAGGACACGGAACGACCAACUAAGUGCCAAAUCAGGAAAAGUGAAAGUGAAACAAACCUCUCCUCCUACUAGUGACUUGACCUCAAGGCCAUUGUCUAAAAAAUAUGUUCCUAGUCCACCAAGCUCUUCUCGGUCUGUGAGGUCACUAGGGUCAUCUGCAAAAGUCAAGGACACUUUGUCUAGUGCUAGAAGUACCGCAAGUAGAUCUGAUAUUGAGGCAGAACGAGAGGAGGAAUUCUGGGAAAAGAAACCAUCCAAAACUGUGACAGAGCAAGAAAUUUUGGACCAAAACCAGGAGACAGAUGUUAGCAGAAUUUAUGACAUUAACUUACAUGCUGCAGAAUUAACUGUGGUACCCGAGUUAGAGAAGUUUCCAAAUUUAAGAGUAUUAGAUUUAUCCUGUAACUACAUAGAGCGAAUAGAAAAUCUGGACCAAUCCAGGGACAUUCGGGAACUGAAACUAUAUGAUAAUAGAAUUACCACGAUAGAAAAUCUCAAAAAUUUGAAAGAGUUAGUAACAUUACAACUACAGUACAAUAAACUAAAACAAUUAGGUAAAGGCCUAACAGCCCUGACCAAACUAAGGACCCUGCGGGUCGACUGUAACAAGAUUCUCCGACUUGAUGCUGCCGAGCUCUCCUGUUGUGUUCACUUGACGUCCAUCAAUAUCAGCUACAACUUGGUGGAUAGUUUGUCUGCUUUAAACUACUUGCCUAAUUUGGAAGAGUGCUAUGCCGCAGGGAAUAGAAUAAAGACAAUUGAACUCUCACGGUGUAAAAAAUUACAAGACAUUGAUGUCUCUAAAAACAGGAUCACUGAUUUAUCUGGAGUCAAGAGUCUUCCAAACCUGCAGACAUUGAACAUUUCAUCCAAUCAGAUAGCUAGCCUGAAACCUCUAGGAAAGUCAAAAAGUCUACAAGAGCUGUAUGCCUCAGGAAACAGAAUUUCUGAUCUUUCCUUCAUCCCCGACUUUUUCCCUCGACUUGAGAUAUUUAACAUCAGCUGUAACAACAUAAAAUCCCUGGAUGAAGUGUGUGUCCUGGAGAGGUGUGAGGAUAUCGCAGAGCUGUUCCUGUAUGAGAACCCUUUCUGUGCCCCCGGGGCGGAGCACUCCCAUUACAUGGGCGAGGUCCAAGCUGUCAUUCCUCAGCUGGAGAUUCUGGACGGGGCCCACAUAAAGAGACACACCCAGCGCGGGGCUCCACUGAUGAGACCCAUGUCUGCCUCCACCAUUAUCAGUGUCAGACAAGUAGAAACCCAGAUGAAGGCCAUGGACAACGAGAUGGCGUCUUUUGAGAAGAACAUCCUUGACAGAUUUGAGUCCUUGAGGUCAUCAUGUGGCCUUGAUGUCAACAGUUCACCUCUCUCAACUAGAAAUCCUGUUCCAGCACCGUCCUUGACCUCACAACGACCUUCAAGUAAAAGUAGCAGCCGCUCCAAGAUAAGAGAUGCUCUUCAAUUUGCGUCCCAGAACUUGGAUGAUGCCGCUUGAGAGUGCUUGUACAAGCUGUGUCAACAAGUUGUAUACUGUGAUACUAAUAUCCUUCCAUAUCCAAUCUGUGUGUGUGUUGUCACUACAGGGACAUUUGCCAGCUGCCAGUUUGUUAACUUCGUAGAUAGUUUUUUACUGUUACACAAAGUUAAAGUACAUGUUUGGUAUUCAAGUAUGAUCUAGUUUUCUUUAUUUAUCCCAUCAAUGCUGCUAUGCAGAUUCGUUUUUUCUCUAUAUCCAUUUUUUAAGAUCGCGUAAUAAAUUGAGGAGCAGAUGUUGCAGAACUCAUCCAAGAUUAGAAUUGUUUCACAGUGUGACUCUAUUUUUGUGUACAUGUUUCCUUGAGCUUAAAUUGUUGAUUUUUUUUUUGUCCCUUUGAUGUUCACUGAAUCUGAUUUGUUUGCCUGCUCCACCUGUCACAUCAUGUGAUUUAUUUUCUAUUGACAACAAAAUCUGUGUUGUUAAAAAAAAGCAACCAGUCCUUCUCAUCAUCAGCUGACUUGUUGAUUUCGUCUCUAUUGAUCUUAUGUAAGUUUCACAACCAGUUGUAUCAUACCAGGGACCCAGAACUUAGCAUUGAAUUUCAUUUAUUAUUCAUCCUCAUUGCUAUUUUAUUUAUUUUAGAUAUCAUUUUCUAUUCACUUAACUAUUAUACAGUGUCUGAUAUAAAUAUUGAAUUAUUAUAUUAUACUUCACCAAAAUCAAUGUCAGACUGCAAAGGCCUGAAAAUCCAAUAUAAAAAAGAUUCUGUUUGAGAUGUGAAGCACACAACAAUACCAAGAUAACUGAUGAAUAAACAAGUAAAUAAAUCA